GUUGAGUUCCGGAAGAGUUGGCGGUCUGACAAAUAAUGAGAGUUCCGCUAUGGGCCUUCCACUUGGCUAUUUUUUUGGCCUUUCUGGCUGAAAUUAGAGGAUAUUCGAUGGAAAUGAAAUGCAUACUUUGGGCUGGAAACGGAUAUAUUGGAGAUCCCAGUGAUUGCCAGGCGUGGGGAUUUUGCCAGGACAACAAACUCAUUGAUCGAAAUGCCUGCAACGAGGGAUUACUGUACAAUUUCCGAAAAGGAACCUGCGAUAAAGCGGCGGAUGUGAUGUGUCAUUCCAAUCUAGCGGAGAUUUGCACCAAUCUUCAGUUGGGGGAUUAUGCCGCCGAUCCUGCUAAUUGUCGGAGAUUCGUCAAGUGCGAUGCCAUCGAUGAUCCCAUAUGGGGCGACUGUGGUGAGGAUCAGGUGUUUAAUAACAAACUGCAAAGAUGUGUGCAGGAAACUUCCGGUUGUCCACAGGAUAAUAUUUGCUCCUUUAUAAAAGAUGGUUCUUUUGUGGGGGAUCCCAACAGCUGCCAGAGUUAUUUUAAAUGCCACAAUGGAUUUGCAAUAGAAAUUAAUUGCUCCACUGGUCGAUACUUUAACAGGAAAUCAGGUAAUUGCCAAUCCUGGCUGCCGGAAUACUGCUCGAAGGACGAUGAGAUUGCUCCAGAAACACCCCUCUCCACAAGUUUUCACAUAUGCUCCAAGUACUAUCAGAAGGAUCUGUCCGGAGUGCAACUCCUUCCAGAUUUAAAGACCUGUUACGGAUAUUACGCCUGCACUUCCGAAUUGGACUUGGGAAGAUGGAGCAGUUGUCCCUGGGGACAGCACUUUGAGUGGUGGAGCCAGCGGUGUGGUGAGCCGAAGGAUAAUAGCUGCUCCUACGAUCGCUGUGGAAAUAUGAACCAACUAAUGGUGACCACCAUAAACACCGGUUGUAGGGAGUACACGGUCUGCCAGGAUAAUCGCUCGAGAAGAUCGGAAAAGUGCCCUGAUGACUUUCCCUAUUUUAAUGAGAUUUCGCAGCGUUGCACAGAUAAAUUUCCCAACCACAGGGUGUGCUACAUGGAUGGAUAAAAGAUUUUGACUUUGUGAAGAAGGGAUUUCUUGGUUUUGUGUUCUCUGCAAUGUAAAUAAUUAUAUUUUUAAUAAUGUAUGUAUAUAUUUUGGUUCAGUGUUACAAAAUAUAAUCCAUUUAUUUUCCCUGACUUUAAAAAUAAAUUUUAAAGGUAUAUGUGCCCUCAUAAUGGAUUGUUUAUGCUUCAUUUAUCUGCGGAAAAAAGAAAUAUGUAUGCCCCAAGGGUAUAUUUUUUUUAAACCAUCAGAUACUUUCAGAAAAAAAGAACAGGUUU